UUGGCGCAGCGGUCGAUAAGAAUUCAGAAAUUAAGAGCCAAGCUACCCGUCAGCAAAACUAGCGUGAAACGCGUGUCUGGGGUCUGACUGUGACUGUGGAUAAAAAUAAAAGCCAAAUAAAAUACUUAAACUAAGUGAAUGUUUUGUAACUGCAACUGUUUUUCCGCACAAAGGCGAAGUGUACAUUUUUUUGUUUAUUACCCCUGAAAUAAUAUCUAAACUUAAGACUGCAAGUUAAAUCAGUGCAUCAAAAUUGCCGACGCUAAUUGUGGCCCAAGGUAGCAGGAAGACCAUCUAACUGGAUUCUCAGGUGCGGCUUCAAGCUGGGCGAAUACCGUAAAAUGACACGUGUCCGGCGUAUUGUGCUCUCGACCUAAAAGUAUGCUGCAUCAUUAGUGUCAAGCUUUGGCGUUGACGUUGAGAAGCGCCUGGAAAGUCGACUGCAUGCUCAUUAGGAUAACAGCAAAAGCGCAUUACGAGGGCCAAACGACAAGUUCCUAUGUCAAAUACAACAACCGAACAACAACAACAACAACAGCAAAACAUUCAUAAUUACCAACAAGAACAACAGCAGCGGCAAGGAAUUGAAGAGGCAGAGCAACGCAAAAGUCAAGGGCACAAAAAGUGUCCUCCAGUAAAUUUAAAAGCAUGAACCUAGCGCUGACUGCCAACAGAAGUAACUUGUGCUACGCAGAGCUUUGCAGGAUGCCAGCAUCGCCAGCGAGCUGAUGCGUUCCAGAAACCCCAAAGAACACCAAGAAGAACUACCGCAGACAAAGGACAAGAGCAGAAACAGAGAAAGAGAGAGGGAGUAACAGAUAUUGAACGAAAGAGGAGAGGACACAAAUUAAGAGCACUCGCAAAUUGUUGCCGGGAAAUUGAUAUAUUCGAUUAGCAAUCUAGAAAGUUUGAACGACAGACGGGGCACAGAACACGCCUACAGCAAAGUGUUGCUCCCGUUGUCGUUGUCGUUGUGCUUGUGCAUACAUAUAUGUGUGUGCGUGUGUGCAUGAGGAGAAGUUAAAGAAAAUUUACAUCCUGAGUCAGUCGUAUUAGCCGCUUUAAGCCAACGUCAAACGCCGAAACAUGCCUGAGCAGGAUAAUUACGAUGAUGAGUUGGUUUCCAGCAAUCCAAAUCAACGCAACUGGCGCGGCAUUCUUAUUGCCCUAUUGGUCAUCAUCAUUGUUCUAGCCCUGAUUGUUACCUCAGUGGUGCUGCUCACGCCCCCCGAUGAGGGACCACGCGUCAAGGGGCAACGCAUCAAGCUGCAGGACAUUGUCGACGGCCUCUAUAUACCACAGCGCGCCAAUGGCAGUUGGAUCGAUGCCGAGGAGUUUUUGUACCAGGACCAUUUGGGUCGCAUCUGUCUGCUGAAUGCAGCCAAUCGCACGGAACGUGUCCUUAUGUCCAAUAUGACAUUUAAGACUCUGGCGCCGUUCUCAUUCAGCUUAUCACCGGAUAAACGUUACCUGCUACUUGCUCAGAAUGUUGCCAAGCUGUUUAGACAUUCGUAUCUGGCUCAGUACACACUCUAUGACAUUCACACGAGUGAGACCGUAAAGUUGCGGAACAAUCAGUUGCAGGACGAGUGGCCCUAUAUGCAUUAUGCACGCUUUACAGGUGCCGGCAAUGCUCUCAUCUGGGUGUUCAACUAUGAUAUCUACUAUCGGCAGGAGGUGCGAGCAACACACAUCUAUCGCAUUACCCACGAUGCUGUGCCGGGUGUCGUUUACAACGGAAUACCCGAUUGGCUAUACGAAGAGGAAAUCCUGCAUGCAAAUAAUGCCGUCUGGGUUUCGGAUAACGGGCAACUGCUGCUCUUCGGCAGCUUCAACGAUACAAACGUGCUGGAGCAGCACUUUGCCUGGUAUGGCACCACCUCAGCUGGCCCCGCAGGUGGCUCAGGAACAGGCGGCUCAGGCUCUAGCAGUGGCGGUGGCGGUGGCGGUGGCACGGGCACUGGCGGAGGAGGUGACUCAGGCAACACUGCUGGUGGUGCUAAUCCGCAUGCCAACUUGUACCCGGAAAUUAGAUCCUUACGGUAUCCAAAGCCAGGCACACAGAAUCCAGCAGUUACAUUGCGGGUGGCCGAUUUAACGGAUCCACAAAAGAUACACAUAACGGACCUGAAACCGCCGAAAAUUAUUCAAAACGAAGAUCAUUACUUUAGCAGUGCCAGUUGGGUGAGUGCAACAGAGAUCGCAGUGGUUUGGUUAAAUCGACCGCAAAAUAUUUCCGUGGUCAGCGUUUGCCGGAGUCCUUCGUUCGCCUGCAUUGAGACCCAUCGAGUGAGCGGAGAUGGACGUGGUUGGGUGGACACCGUCUCAGUGCCAUUGUUUGCGGCCAAUGCCAGUCUUUAUGUGGCCAUAUCCCCACUAAGAGACGGCUCAUUUGGCUAUUUCCGGCACAUCGUACACGUGGACAUUGACAAUAAUCGAGUGCUGCCCCUCACGCACGGACCCUACGAAGUGAAUAGAUUGCUGCACUGGGAUCAGUUGGAUAAUUGGAUCUACUUUCUGGGCACACCAGAGCGUCUACCCUCCCAGCAGCACUUGUACCGCGUCUCCGCGCUGCCCGCUCGCCAGGGACAGGCGCUGCAGACGCCCGACUGCCUGACGUGCCCGGCAUUGAUGCAGCGCAACGAUGGCUAUGACGAGGGUCACACUAAGUCACCGCCAAAGCUGGUCACCGCAUGGGACGAUGAUUGGGAGGACUCUGAGGAAUCGGAGGCGCUGCCACCUUCGCCAGCCUUACCCGUGGAACAGCAGCGGCCGGGUCACGGGCAUGGCACUGCACCACCACCACCACCGAGCGAUUGCCUGUACCAUGAGGCACAGUUUCCUUUGUCCUUGCGAGCGCGCUAUGUGCUUAUCGAGUGUCUGGGCCCGGUGGUGCCCAGCACCACCAUCUACGGACUAAAGAAUGCGGACGCACCGAAGGCUAAGCGGCAGAGUGAUCCCCAGGAACAAUUAGAAACGGAAACGGAAACCGAAGCGCCCGAUGAACUUAUUGAGCCCAAGUCCCAGUUUAUGGAGCUGCUUUUCACGGUGCAGAAUAAUACGCGACUCAAGGAGAAAAUGGCUAAAGUUGCGCUGCCGCAGGUGAAAACCUUUCCGGUGAUGAUCUCCGGCGGCUACCACGCCCAAGUGCGCCUCUAUUUGCCGCCCGUGCUACGCGAAGACGAGAUCACACGCUAUCCCACCAUACUGCAUGUUUACUCAGGGCCGGGCACUCAACUGGUUACAGAUCGCUGGCACGUGGACUGGAACACAUAUUUGGCCGGCAACAAGGAUUUCAUCGUGAUUGAAAUCGAUGGUCGUGGCUCCUCAGGCCAGGGGUACCAGCUGCUUCACGAGGUAUACAAGCGUCUGGGCAGCGUUGAGGUCUCCGAUCAGCUGGAGGUCAGCGAAUACUUGCGAGACAACUUACACUUUAUUGAUGCGCGUCGCAUGGGCGUCUGGGGCUGGAGCUAUGGCGGAUACACAGCUGCCCUGGCUCUGGCUGGACAACAAUCGAUCUUUCAGUGUGGCAUUAGUGUCUCGCCGGUGACCAAUUGGAAGUUAUACGAUUCCACCUAUGCAGAACGGUUUUUGAGUUUCCCCAACGUAACCGACAACUACAAGGGCUACGAGGAAAGUGAUCUCUCCAAGUACGUGGACAAUCUGCGAGAUCGACAGUUCCUGCUGGUUCAUGGCACUGCUGAUGACAAUGUUCACGUCCAGCAAUCCAUGGUUCUGGCUCGAGCUUUGACCAGCAAGGGAGUGCUCUACAAACAGCAGAUAUACCCAGAUGAGGGACACAGCUUAUCGGGUGUGAAGAGGCAUCUGUAUCGCUCGAUGACCGCGUUUUUUGAGGAUUGCUUCAAGAAACUGGUGCCACCGGAGUCUAAGGCUGGCCUGGGCAGCGGCGGCGAUAUGCAGCAGCAAUAAAAACAGGAACAACAACAAGAACAACAACAACAACAGCAGUAACAGCAGCAGCAACAAUAACAUAAAAAUAUGACCAUAAACAUUUUUCUGAUAACAGCAGCGGAAAGCACUCAACGAGAACCAAACGUGCGAGAAGAACGUUUACGUAAAUUACAUUAAAUGUAAUUUAUCAUAAACAAACACACAUACACACACAAACUCACACAAAAACACGAGCAUAAAAAGAAAGAGAAAAGAGACGCACAGCCAACAGUGAUUGUCACAUAAAUAGAGCCAAAAUGGCAACAACAAAACGUAAAUGGCAUUUUGUAUAAAAUUAAUAACCAGCAAAAAUAAAUGCAAACAAAACGAAAAAUCAACAUGGUUGUGAAUAACAUAACUCACACACACGCACACGCACACACACUAACACGUACACGCACACGCACACACAACUACCAGAGCAAACUGGUCGAAAUGAAAAGUGAGAAAAAUACUUGGUCGCAUAUAACCAUAAACGGAAGUGGGCGCUGUGGAUGUGGCAACAGCCCCAUAAUCAACAACAACAAUGUCUAAGUGUCGCAUAUUUUUUGUAUUUCAUAUUUUAUGCAUUUGUUGCAUAAAUUUCCAAUGCGUUCUACAAAGAGAAAAAAUGAAAUUACGAAAUAUUGAAGUGCAAAGGUCGACAGGUGAACCAGCGACCAAACCAUGAACAGGUCGCAGGUCGGAGGUCGGAGGUGGCUUUGCGGUUAUCGUGGGAUUGCCAAAAGUGUGUACAGAGAGUCUCAUUUGAGUUGUAGAGGAAAUCACUAUCAUAAAUCAAUUUACAAACAUUUGAAAAGCAAUUUAAAUGCCAUUUUCUGUUGGCAAUGCGACUAAAAUGCAUUUUAAAUGCAGAUAACUUAAAUAGAUGAUCUACCUUUAUUAUUUAUGGCUUUCUUUUGUAAAUUUAUAUUGCACAAUAAUAAUAAAUUCAAAUAAAUUCAAUUAGGUAAGCUAAUAAUAAUAGUUGAAAAGUCUGUUGUGUUUUUGCUCAAAAUGAACAAAGAAUUGCUCAUACGAUUAUGUAGAAAUAUCUUAUAUAUUUAAAAAAUAUAUGUAAUUUCCUUUACAUUUCUGUGAACACCAAUCGAGAUUUACUUAAGAUGACUGCAAAUUGUGAAUCUUUGAAAAUUUCUAUGAAAUCAAAAAAUUUGAAAACAAUGCGACAAAAUGCAAAAUAAUUGAAAGCAAUAGUAAAUACAGUAAAAUAUGCACAAACUUAUUAAAUAGACAGAGAGAGAGAGAGAGAUGGCCAAAGAGAAUUAUAAUUUGAUUUGCAAAUAAGUGAAAAAAUCACAAAGAAAAAGUACGUUAUGCAUGUAAGUAGCGCAAUAAUAAUUAAUAUAUUGAAUAUUUAAAUAGUUAUUUGAAUUCAGUUCGUGUUAAUUGCAACAACUUCGCAAUGAAGGGCAAACCAAAAAGUACAUUUCUAAAUGAGCAUAGUAAAAGAAAAAUACAAAUAAAGCGAGUCCCCUAAAAUUGUCUAGAUAAUUAAGUGAAAAAUCAAACUAAACAUACAUUAAAUACAAGUAAAAAUGAGAAACGAAAAGGUCAAAAAUAGCUGCGAUACACAUAAAAAAUUCAAAUGCAAAUUGCGACUGUCAGAAAGUUGACAAAGGACAACAAAAUAAAUGACACCGCAUCACAGACCCGCAUCCGUGUCCUGCAGCCUGCCCCAUAAAAAGGAAGCAAGUAAACAGCUUCGUACACUAACACAUACACACAUAUGUAUGUAUGUGCAAAAGGAUUAGCUUUAAUUAGGUUUUUUCAGUGGCGCAGAAUAUACCAGUUAAUUAGCAGCCUUCUGGCAAUUGCGGUUCUUAAUUAUAAUGCUCGACAUACGCUGUAGCUGUAUACGAAAUUCAGAAAUUCCUUAGUUAGUAUAGUUUAUAAUAGCUUUAGAGAACAGUUACUCACUUUUUGGUCGAGUUAGUUUGGAAAUAUGCAGGCUCUUCAAUAUGAACUCUAAUUAGUAGAAUUUCGUCUUAAGUGACAUAUCGUUAUAUUUUGUCAAGUUAUAGAGCUUAAUAAAUAAUUUAGUAGUCAAUCUGCAGGAAAUUUCGCGUUUGCUUUAACUAAUUCGCAGAAUGAAACGGGCGCCAAAAAUAUGCUACAGAAGCAGCCAACUCAUUCACUCUCUUGUCAUAUGUACAUACUAUGUAUGUAUGUACUAUACGUGUUCCUGGGGGUUGUGUGCAUGUGUGUAUGAAUACUCA